AUGCGCCGCAACUCGGUUCUUGCUCUCCUCGCACUCUCGGUGCCGGCCACCGUCUCCGCCUGCGAGGGCGAAUGCAUCGUCAAGAUCACCAACGCCUACGUCGGCAACUACACCACCCCCGUCGACGCCGUCAUGCGCAUCCUCGCCGAGAACCUCUCCUCGAUGCUCCCCUCCCACCCCGACAUCACUACCGCCACCUCCUACCUCCAGCCCCUCCUCUCCGCCUACGACGCCGCCGCCUACAUCGGCAUGGAGACCGCCGUCUUCCCGCGGUUCUUCCACGGCAAGUGCGCGGUGCACGGCGCCGACCCGCCCGGGUGCCCCAACCCCGACUGCCCCGUCGUCUGCGGCACGCCCGGCUCGAUGGUCCACUUCUUCCCAACGCUCAGGUACCUGGCGUACAACGAGACGCGCGCGCGGAUCGAGGCGGCGGCGGACCCCGAGGGCGCCACCUACAAGCUGGUGGAGCAGAACGUGUUGAACGCGGCGAAUGACCAUAGGCACACGAUGCGCCUCGGGAGGAUCAUGCCCCGCUCCACGGCGAGCAAGAGCAAGACGAAGACUGGCUCGAAGGCGAUGGCGACCUCGAAGGGUUACCCUGGGUUCAGGACAGCUCCUCAGGCCAUCAAGGACAACCUCAAGGCGUUGCUCGCGCAGGCAGGCGCCAUGCUCUCUGAGGUGUGCGAAGACGACGGGAGCGGGGACAGCGCGAGCAACUUGGCGCGGUGUAGCUGGGAGACGAGCAUGAAGGAGUACAUCCUGACGUUCCCUUGA